AUGGACUUAACCAAUGGUAGAACAAUCAGAGCAGCCACAGUAUGUGACACAAAUGUUGCAACUGUCAAUAUCAUGAACCCGAAUACAAGCAUGACAUUAAAUAAGCUCAUUCCACGAACAAGAGCUUCAAUUUGUAGUGCAAUUGCUGCGAGAAGUCCCGAUGAUGAUACAGCUUUACCAAGAGCAAUACCACCCAUGGCAAGGGCAAUAAUUGUCCACAAGAAAUUGUUAAAGUCAGCUGAUGACAACAAACCAGGACCAAAUAAUAGUACUACAGGUACUAAAGCUAACACUCCCAUUUCUCCAACAUAUGGCUCUAACUGA